GCUUUGUUAUGCCACGUCUCCAUUUUGAGUGUCACCAUUUUGACGAGAAUUCGGUGAUUUUAUAGGCAAAAUGCAGUAUUUACGGCGGGACAAGAAAGACGAAGAAGACGGAGCGCAGUCGAACCCAUUUCAGAACCUCGACAAAAGUGCUGUUCUCCAAGAGGCUCGCACAUUUAACGAAACUCCGAUAAAUCCACGGAAAUGUAUUCAUAUUUUGACCAAGAUUCUGUACGUUCUCAACCAGGGACAGCACCUUGGUACUACAGAAGCUACAGAGGCAUUUUUUGCAAUGACGAAGCUGUUUCAGUCUAAAGAUGUGAUGCUUCGUAGAAUGGUGUAUUUGGCUAUUAAAGAAUUAGCCAACAUUGCAGAAGAUGUCAUCAUUGUUACUAGCAGCUUGACAAAGGACAUGACUGGAAAGUACCACGCUCUUGGUCUUCUGUAUCAUGUGAAGAAGACAGAUCGACUAGCUGUGUCCAAACUUAUUUUCAAGUACAUCAAGCAGUCUCUUAGAUCUCCUUAUGCUGUUUGCAUGUUGAUACGCAUUGCAUCCAAGUAUCUUGAUGAAGAACCUGAAGUUGCUGAGAGCCCUGUAUAUGAUUUUCUGGAGAGUUGCUUGAGACACAAGAGUGAGGUAAGAUUUUAUUGAACAUCAGUGAUAUAUUUUGAUGUUUUUGGUGAUGAUUUUUUUCAGACUGGCAAUGAGAGCAGUGUUGAUCGUCUGAUGAAACAGAUCUCAUCAUUCAUGUCUGAGAUCUCAGAUGAGUUCAAGAUUGUUGUCGUUGAUGCCAUCAGGUCUUUGUGCCUCAAGUUUCCCAGGAAGCAUCAUGUUAUGAUGAACUUUUUGUCGUCCAUGCUCAGAGAUGAGGGAGGAUUUGAUUACAAGAAAGCCAUUGUGGACACCAUCAUCACUGUCAUUGAAGAGAAUUCAGAAGCCAAAGAAGCCGGACUGGGCCAUCUGUGUGAAUUCAUUGAAGACUGUGAACACACUGUCCUUGCCACAAGAAUUCUCCAUCUUCUGGGACGUGAAGGACCACGCAGCCAGAAUCCUUCAAAGUACAUUCGGUUCAUCUACAACAGGGUAAUCUUGGAGAAUGCUGCCGUCAGAGCUGCUGCCGUGACUUCUCUUGCCAAGUUUGGAGCUCACUGUGACAGCCUGUGUUCAAGCAUCCUUGUUCUGCUCUCUAGGUGCUUGCUGGAUACGGAUGACGAAGUAAGAGACAGGGCGACUUUCUAUGUGAACAUCUUGAAGGAGAAAGAGAAGGCAUUGUCAUCGGGCUACAUUUUAAAUGGUCUUCAAGUGUCCAUUGUGGGUCUGGAGCGAGCUCUGUACGCUUAUGUCAAGGAUUCAUCUCACACUGCUCCAUUUGAUCUGAAGACUGUUCCCUUGGCAACCACGCCAAUGCAGGACCAGGUCGUGAAACCUGGAAAAACAGUCAUCGAGACGCCUUCUGCACCAACCAAGCCUUCAGCACCCGUGGCAGCCACCAGACAGGAUGUGUAUGCUGAACAACUGGCAGCCAUUCCUCAGUUCUCAAAGCUUGGUCCACUGUUCAGGUCCUCGCCAAAACCAGUAGAACUGACUGAGUCUGAGACAGAAUAUGUGGUGAACUGUGUCAAACACGUGUUUAAUGAUCACAUUGUCUUUCAGUUCGACUGUACAAACACAUUGAAUGAUCAGAUCCUAGAAGAGGUCAAGGUGGAGAUGGAACCUUCGGAUUCCGAUUUUGAAGUCGUGUCUUACAUACCACGCCCUUCGCUUCCUUACAACACACCGGGCACCACUUACACGCUGAUCAAACUCCCUGAAGACGCUUCAUCAGUUACUUGCACGUUUACGAACACGCUUAAGUUUGUGGUGAAAGACUGCGACCCAAGCACAGGCGAACCAGAUGAAGAGGGAUACGAGGAUGAAUAUGUGCUUGAAGACAUAGACGUUCUUGUCGCUGAUCACGUGCAGCGUGUUCACAAGACGAACUUCCUGGCAUCGUGGGAUGAGAUUGGUGACGAGUGUGAGAUGCAGGACACGUACGCACUUACACAGAUGAACAGCCUCGAAGAGGCUGUCAAGCAAAUUAUCGAGUACCUCGGCAUGCAGCCGUGUGAGCGAUCCGACAAAGUGAACACGGAGAAGAAUUCCCAUGCCCUGUUAUUAGCGGGGGUGUUCCGUGGGGGACACGAUGUCCUGGUCCGAGCCCGGCUGGCAUUCGAUCAGGGAGUCACCAUGAACAUCACUGUGCGCAGUGAUAACGCCGUGGUCAGCGAAGUCGUGUUGUCUGCCGUGGGAUAAAAAAAAAAAACGUUUUUUGAGCACCGGGACCUGUCAAGCUGAAUUAGUAAAAAGAUUUUACACGCCUCUGACAACUUUUCCCGAAAUAUUCCGAAGAUUUCCGAAAGUCUAGGGCAAAUUUCGUUGUUCUCCGAAGAUUUCCGAAAAUGAGCCGAUGUUUUCCUGCCAUAAUAACCAAAGAAACCUUCCCGAGGUAAGCAAAAACCUCUAAUUCUUCGGAAAUCUUCUUGUUUUUCACAGAGUCGUCUCUCAAAAUGUCCGUGUUGGAAAAACGGCGUGUUCAAUUUUUUCUCGUGGUCCCAUUGUGUCUCAAAAAGAGAGAGAAAAUCAGUGAAAGUUAUUAUGAAAAUCUCUUUAGCUUGCAAUGUAAUGUAAGUGUAAACAACACAGUUUCGAAUAAACUGCUUGAUCGAUAUAGUC